AUGGUGGAGACGCCUUCAGGAAGAACAGAGGAGGAGACAAUUUUCAUUGCCAUGAAAAGAUCUGUUGAGGAGUUAAAGGUAGUUUCUCAAUUUUGCAAGGCACUUUGGACACAUGUUUAACAGAUAAAUGACCUCUAUGUAUCUUUUUUCAGGAUUCCGAUAGCGAUGAAGAGCUAAGCGUUUGCACUCGUGGAUUCCAAGAAACGGAUGAAAGCAGCAAGGUAAUUUCGCCAAAAAAAUUGCUUAUUUCAAGUAAAGAAGCUGUUCGAAAAUCACCGCUACUAUUGAGCUAGAAGCUGUGACUAUCUAGACCAAACAACUAGUUUUUGUCUGACCGCUAGUUUAUUUUUACAGCGCCAGGGAAUACAGAAAUACGAGAUACACUCGUCAUCAGAAGAAGAGUAUUGCCCAGGAAAGCCUCUCCUUCCCACUGGUUCCUUCAGCUGCAAAACGGUGAGUAAGAACUUAUACUCCCUGUUUAUAUAAGAAUCGCUAUGAGAUAGUAGUGAUCUUUUUCCAGGAAUAACAGAGCUAUUAAAAUGCGCGAACUCGCGUGGAAAUCGCCACCCACUAACGCAGAGGUUUAAAAUAGAAUAAUGCCUGGUGGCGACUUUCGGUGAGGUGAACAUCGACAUUUGCCGACGCUUACCCAUUAAAAUACAAUAUAUCUUUCUAGGCCACAAUCGGCCAUAUUUAUUUGUGAACGUGGACGUGGUGGACGUGAAUAGGAAAAAAAACAGACGUACGGUCCAUGUCUCCCAUUGAUCCAAUUUUUAAAUUUUUUUUACAUUUGACACAUUUGUACUAAAGAUCGGUUGUUUUGCCAAGUUGGACGUGAAUAGGAAAAAACGGAGUACUGCGAUAAUGCCGUUUAUCUUGAACCGUGAAUACAAGUUUUUUAUUCCCGAAAAAAAAAACCCGACUGUGUUGCAAAUCCUGUUAACUGUUUGAAAUGUCACAAUGUCACACAAGGCUGUUCCCGUACAAUUUUUCGGUCGGUCGGGCAAGAAAAAAUGGCAUUGGGUUUGUGGAGUGAUUUUUGGUUCUGUUUUGAGGAUAUUUUCACUGGUAUUUCAAUUCAAGCUUUCUCUGUGAUCUAUUUUUCCGUGGUUUCUGAUGUAAAUUUACUACUUUUAACACCAUGCAAGAAACUGGACAGUGUAUUCCAAGUUUGUCUUUUGCGGAAUUUUUUUCCCUUUAAAUAUUCAUAUAGUGUACACUCCUUUUUUCUACGAAACUUUUGAGAUUUAUCAAUAUUUUAUUCCUCAGUCUGAGAGUCUAGUAAUAACGUUUUUAUUUUGCUCAAUAAAAGCAAAGAGGCAAGUGAGUAAUAUGACAAGUAAGUUGAUACCAUAUCACCGGGGAACCUAUUUUAAAAUAGGUUUCAAUGGUUUGCUGGUCACGUCCGCAUUAAUAAAUGAAAUACUAGAUGCUAACUUUUCACGCACAAAAAAUCCUAUGGAGUUGAAAUCUUCUAAAGCAGUAUACUUUAUAUUUUUCGAUGUUCCUUUUCCUGGGAAGAGUAGUGAUUUUGUAGGACACACGAAAUUUGAUUUGGGAAUUUUAUAGCUUGCCCAAAGGUUCGUCAAUGUGGUUUGGACGGACCCGCCAUCGCGGCAGCGAUAGCCACCCAAACAAUUUAAGAAGUGACCAUAGGAAGACUGCAGAACACUCUUUUUUUUCUCAAAAUUUGUCGCGAAAUGCUUGCAGUGCGGAAGGAGAUCUUCGCACGAGAGAAGUGCCGAUAUGUCCCUAUCACCCCCCUGGUUGUUCCGAGUCCGGGGGGUGGGGUUUCAGUUGACUAGUAGAUGGCGACUUUCUGAUUAUUACAUAUUCUAUCUAUUUGACAGAGAAAGGUUGAAACCUUUGAAUCCUGGGAAGAGGAGGAGUAUUCCCCUGGAGUUCCCCAACUUCCGAGGGGAGGUUACACUUACUUAAGCAAGGCAAGUGAAUAUGAAAUGAAAAGAACUGAAGGCGAUGUUUUAGGUUACAUUGAAUAUGUGUCCUAACACUAAUUCCUUAACCUCAUUCUAUUGUAAUUAGGAGUCACAGCUACCAGUGAAGAACGUGGUUCACCUUACAAUCUCGCCAGUCAAGACAAAAGCCCCAGUGAGGUAAAAAAUGCCCAUUAUCUCCCUCAGUUUUAAAUUUGAAAGACCUGGAUUCAUUGCUAACUAUGAAAGACCUUGACAGCACAUUAAUUCUGUUAGAUAGUCCUCUUGUAAGUACAAUUCUGCAGCAUUGUUGUUUCAUCAUCCAUCGUCUAAAAUUGCAUGGCGGUUUCUUUCCAUUUUCUCUCUCUCUUUCCAUUCAGUUCAUUGUCCUCCCAGUCGACCGCCUCAUUCACCUCAACCGGACUGUAUGCGUGUUCUGCCAUAGUACUCGAAAAAAGACUACAAUAUAUGCAAGCAUUAAUCCUGCCAUUUUUUAAAAAAAUUGCUUCGUUGCUGUGCCGUGCUCUAAUUCCCAGGCCAAUCUUCAACACCAGUACUGAAUCUAUAGAGAGUUCUAUAAACAGUCACUGGUCGUUUACCACAUUUUUAUUAUGUUGUUUGCAAUUCCUAGUGCCGGCACAAAAUCAAAGCCGUUGUGUAUUCCCGACAACGACUCACACUCUGAUGGGGGGCAAUUAUAUAAACCCACUUCUUCAGCUCAGAGGUAUUUUUAUCAUUAUCCUUAUCUUUGCCCUUUAUCGUUAUUGUUAUCGUUAUCAUUAUUGUUAUCAUAAGCAAGUAAUAACAUGUUAUUUUUGCAACGUUUUGGCGACCUCAUGACGCCAAUAUCAAGGAUUAUAUAAAUGGAAGCGAUAUCAAAAGAAGUCCAGGUCCUGUAAAUUUACAUAAAUGAAGUCAAGCUAGAUAAACUUAAGGGUAGAUUGAAUCUGCUUGCAAGUUAAGGCGUGGUCUAAACCUUUUCUUACGAUAGCAAGCCCGCAUUUCUCGUUCGUUUUCAAUUGAAGAACUGCUGUGGAUGCCUAUGAAUGCAUUCUUUUCGCAUGCUUUUAAGGAGUUAAGAUAUAUAUACUAGACACUUGAUUCUUAGUUACAGUUAACUCUCUUGUUAGCCUCAUCUUUAUUGAGAGGUGGGUUAGUCUCAAAUAAUUUUGGGGUUGACAAUGCCUUUAUAGGAAGCUGAAAAUUGAGGCGAAGAAGCAAAGAAAAAUUACAUUCUUAUGUGGGCACGUGUUGCAGAGGAGACAGUGGGGCGGCUACCCGAGGGCAUCGAUGGAUUAGAAGCUUAUCAUAUAGAGAACUACCAUGACAUAGACGCCCUUCAAGAUGGAAGAAAAUGGAAAAAAAAUUGUCCAACGGAAUGGAAAGAUCAUGGGCGUACGCGUUACGCUGAUUGCUGCAGCUCCUUUAAAUGCACCAGGAAACGCUGUCCUUUUGAGACACAAUAUGGUGUAAUAAACACCACCCAACUCGAAAGCAGAGGGGGGGAAACAAGUAUGUAAAGGAUGUGGCCUUGAAGGUAUCUUUGUUCCAUAUAACGCGAGGUGGUACCUUUGUUAUGAGGGAAAAGCAGUGAGAGUCCAUCAUUACGGGACGCACACCUGUCCUGUUACAUCGAAAACGAAGAAAACCGCCUCAAAAGAUGUAGAACAGUUGGUGAGAAACAAUCCAAAUAUCAAGCCACCUGAAGUACAAUCGGUGUUUGUACUUUCAGCGUUUCAAGAGCAGAGAGAUUGGAGAGAUGUUGAGAAAGCGGCUGCUUCUGCAAUUGACAAGAAGUGGAUAUCUAACGUUAAAGAAAAGGUUAAGAAAGACAUAGAACCCCACGGGCACAAUUUCGAAGCCGUAGUCUCUUUCAAAGAAUACUGCGACAAGAAAGACCUGUUUUACAUAUACAAAAUUAACGACCGUAGAGGAAAUUCGGACCAGCCAUCGUUCGUUUUCAAGACAAGUUCUGUUAAACUUAACGUAGCGCUAAACAUGGACUGCGAUGGUGACCAUUUCAUGAACACUGAAUAUUGUUUCUUUGACGGAAAGCGGAAACGUUGCCGUGGGUUCGUCACUUUGUCCACCAGUGUGUAUCAUCCCCUCUUAAGGAAACAAAUAACCCUGGCCACAAUGGAGGCGGAAAGUGAAAAUCAUACAAACGUUAGAUUGUUUUGGGAUAUAUUGAACGAGUGCCUACGAAAAGUUUCUGGGAAGACAAACUACAAGUUCAACCCCGUUGGAUGGUGUACGGACAUGGCCGGGGCAAACUUGGCAGGAUUGUCAGAGGUUUUUGGUGAAACUGUCACCGAUCGCGUAAAAACAUGCGAGUUCCACUUCAAAGAUCACCGCAAUAAAAACGCCCGAAAGCUAGACCCUGAUAUUGCAGUUGAGUUUAAGACACUUUGCGACAACCUUUUACUCAGCGCCACAGAAGGAGCAUACGAAAGGUCAAAGGCCGAAAUGGAUGCAUUUAUUCCAGCAAAAGAGGAACGGUCAUUCUUGACAUCUUCGAUAUCU